CGGCACAAUGCUUAGUCACGGUGAGUUACAGCUUUCCCCCCCUCCUUCCUCUGUGGCGCACAGCUCGGCGGACUGCUAUGGAGGAAUUGAACUAGACUACAGUCAACAAGCCUUCUACUGCCUCAUCUACAGUAUCUGACUCUACAGCACUCAGCACAAGUGUUGCCCACUGACGGGAGCUUUUAGUUAUUACCUCUAUUCAUGUGAAGCACCUUCAGGAGAGUCUCCACAUAGAUCCUCCCCUUGACAAGAGACCUUUCCCCUGUCAGGGCUGACAGAUCCACCAACACUGUUGCCAACACAAACAGGUUCAACUAAGAGUCCUUUGAGUCUUUUUACUUGUUCGGUUUAAGUUAACUUUCAGACACACCUGACGGAAUCCUGAACUCAAGAUAUUUCAAUUAUGUUGGAACUGCAACAUGUAAAAGUGACACCAGCAAUGACUGGCAGCUCCCAUAGAAGUCUUUAGUUAUGCCAUAAUUAGCAGUAUGGCUGGACUCAAGUACUGAACAGAGCAAGGAAAUCCUCAUGUCCACAUAAAUCAGACUUGAAUGUGAAGAUUUCUGCCAAGCCACCUGUCAAGUUUCAGUUCAAACUCCCCUUGUGCAAGGAUGCCCCUUAACGCUGCCCACUGUUCUUGAGAAAGAGAGUAAGGAGGAGGAGAACGGGUGGGAAAUGACAGAGUGCCUGACAGAAUGCAAAGCGCUGGUGACUCCGUCCACGGACAAUGGCCACCGCGUCUUCAGCUACACACUAGAGAGCCACACAGCAGCCGCCUUCGCCAUCAUGAACGAGUUGCGUCUGGAGCGGCAACUGUGCGACGUCACACUGCGUGUGCGCUACAAAGACCUAGAAGCGGUCGACUUUGUGGCUCACAAGGUGGUGCUGGCGUCCUCGUCGCCAGUUUUCAGGGCCAUGUUCACCAACGGCCUGAAGGAGUGUGGUAUGGAGUUGGUGCCCAUCGAAGGGAUUCAUCCCAGGGUCAUGGAUCGACUGAUAGAGUUUGCCUACACGGCCAGCAUCUCUGUAGGUGAGAAGUGUGUAAUUCACGUGAUGAAUGGCGCCGUCAUGUACCAAAUCGAUAGUGUGGUCAAGGCCUGCUGCGAUUUCCUUGUGCAGCAGCUUGACCCCAGCAACGCCAUCGGCAUUGCCAACUUCGCUGAGCAGAUUGGUUGCACAGAACUACACCAGAAGGCCCGCGAAUACAUCUACAUGAACUUCAGCCAGGUGGCGACCCAGGAGGAGUUCUUCAACCUGUCUCAUUGCCAGCUGGUCACCCUCAUCAGCCGCGAUGAGCUCAAUGUUCGCUGUGAGUCUGAAGUCUUCCAGGCAUGUGUGGCCUGGGUGCGCUACGACCGGGAGAACCGACGACCGUAUGUCCAGGCCUUACUCCAGGCUGUCCGCUGCCAUUCCCUCACCCCCAACUUCCUGCAGGCCCAGCUCCAGUCUCUGGACUGGGACCCGCAAUGUAAAGACUACCUGGCCCAGAUCUUCCAGGACCUCACCCUCCACAAACCCACCAAAGUCAUCUCUUGCCGAACACCCAAGGUGCCGCAGCUCAUCUACACGGCAGGGGGUUAUUUCCGUCAGUCUCUCAGCUACCUGGAGGCGUAUAAUCCCUGCACAGGGGCCUGGCUGAGGCUAGCUGACCUGCAGGUGCCCCGUAGUGGCCUCGCAGCCUGUGUGAUCAGUGGGCUUUUCUAUGCUGUUGGUGGAAGAAACAACGCACCUGAUGGCAACAUGGACUCAAAUGCACUGGACUGCUACAAUCCCAUGAACAACUGCUGGCUGCCGUGCGCACCGAUGAGUGUACCCAGGAACCGAAUUGGAGUCGGUGUCAUUGAUGGCAUGAUAUAUGCAGUCGGUGGAUCUCAUGGGUGCAUUCAUCACAAUAGUGUUGAGAGGUAUGAUCCAGAAAGGGACCAGUGGCAGCUGGUAGCCCCCAUGCUGACUCGGCGUAUAGGUGUGGGUGUUGCUGUCAUCAACCGGCUGCUGUACGCUGUGGGCGGGUUCGACGGGGCAAACCGGCUCAGCUCCUGUGAGUGCUAUAACCCUGAGAGGGACGAGUGGAAGACCAUGGCCGCCAUGAACACUGUGCGCUCCGGAGCUGGUGUGUGCCCACUGGGGAAUCAGAUCUUUGUAAUGGGCGGCUAUGAUGGCACCAACCAGCUGAACACAGUGGAGCGCUAUGAUGUGGAAACUGAUACGUGGAGCUUUGCUGCCUCCAUGAGGCACCGGCGCAGUGCUCUGGGAGUCACUGCAUUACACGGACGCAUCUAUGUAAUGGGAGGUUACGAUGGCAACACUUUCCUGGACAGUGUUGAGUGCUACGACCCGGAGAAGGACACCUGGGCGGAGGUGACACACAUGACAUCAGGGCGGAGUGGCGUGGGCGUGGCGGUUACCAUGGAGCCUUGCCAGAAAGAACUGCCACAGUGUCAGAAGUCUGACAGGGAGAGCGGUGCUUCGUCACCGGCCUAUCAGUCCAACUCUGGUUUUAGCUCUCACCACAAUCAGGGGCACGGUGGGCCAUAUGGUAAAACCACAUGAGGCUCAUCAAUAGACCCUGUCAGACACGCACAUCCACAGACGAGCACCCCAUAACUCAACUCUGUCUUCCCAAAUUGAAAUAAACACCCUUACGACUGAUUAGACAGAGGUGAGCUCAAACACCAUGUGCUGCCUCACUGAUUCUAGAGUUCACUUGAUAUGAAUAAUUUUUUUUAAAAAAUCAGUAACAGUUUAUUUUGAAAGUACAGUGUUGAUACUCAUCUGCAAUGUGACAAAAUGAAUCUGUGUAACUGAACUACAGUCCAAGCAUUUGAUUGAUAUGUUUGUGGUAAAUCCGAGAGACCUCAGUCCGUCUGUGUGUUCAGAUCUGGUAUUUGAAGUUGUCAGUCGGACCAUCAUCUCCCAGGUUUGAGCUGUGGGAGGAAAGGGCUGCAUACUAGAAAGGGCCAUUUACUGGCUCAAAGAGUCAUCAGGGGCUCUUUAUACUUCAAACAUAGCCCAUUUAAAAGUAAAAUCUGAGGGGAGACAAAAGAUUCAAAUGAUCCCAUUUUGUAAAAAAAACUUCUUUUUUUUUUAAGUAGCAAUUGUCAGCAUAGGCAGUAGAGUUCAAAGUGCCAUUAACAUUGCCCAUGGGCAUUACUGUCAUCAGUAUAUUGUCUUAAGGUGCUUUGAUCGGAAGGCGCCGACAGUCACUGUGUGAUGUGUAGAAAUUGAUGAAGUGAACCAAGACAGCCACAAGAUGAAGCUCCUACAUGACAGUGGGCCUCAUGCAAGAACAUUUUCUACCUUUUCAUCAUGUGUUUGUAAUUAAUGUACUUUCAUUUGACCGAAUGAUGAGUCAACUAAUCGUUGCAGCUCUAAUGGAGUUGGAUCCAAAAAGACAAAGUAGAUGUCUAAAAUGAGAGGCGGCGGCAAAGGGAGCAUGACACUAAAGGUGAUGGAAGUAAAAUAAUCAGUUUAUAAAGCAGGUGACAGUACCUGUGUAAAGACUGUUGGAGAGUUUUCCAAGCAACUGCUUGAUUUAAUUUAUUUUUUUUAUUUUUUUUUACUACAAAUUAUGACUGUUGAAUCUCAAGAAAAACUACUUCAAACUAAAUCUCAGUAAAUCUGAGGCUUAAGGCCUUUUUACACCAAGUCGGUUAUUUUCUUAUGCAUUUUUUUUUAUUCUGUUGUCAAAUAAAAAGGUGUUUAUUUAAUGCACAGAAACCUUGCACACUGAGUCUGCAUUAAUUAUUCUAUUCACAAUACGAGACAAAAGAAAGUCGUCAAGCAGCGGAGAUUACUUUCUGGUUAUCUCACUUCCUAAAGAGCAAGAAUAGUCCAUCCAAUAUUGGAAACAAGAGGAGCAAAAGGGAAUUCCACCUGCUGAUAAAGGAGCUGCAUACUUAUCCUGAUUGUUUCCAGGUGUAUUUCUGGAUGUCAGUGGUCCAGUUUGAUACACUGCUAGCUACAAUUGGAAAAAAAUGAAAACUACUUGGUGUGGAGGAAUUUAUAAAGUGGACUAAAUAUGAUUUUUGUUUGUUUUUGUUUUUUUCACCAGAUAAUUGAAUUCAGAUGAAGUCACUAUAAAUCUUCUGUGCAUGUCUCAUGCAACAAGCGUGGAACACCUCUGACUUUUGUUCGUACAUAUUAAGAUAUUAAAACUGGUGAUGGCCCCACGCUCUCCUAAAUUAUUCAUGUGUCAGUUGUUCUUGCAUGAGGCCCAAAGCCUCAAAACUGAAGUGCUGGUACAAGAGAAGCAGGACCUUAAAGUAACUGCAUAAUAGCAAUUGUGACUUUCCACUAAUAGCUACUGGUAGGUUCAUUUAAUGUGAAAUUUUCAGAAAGGUGUUGGUUGUUGUGAGGCUAUCAGAGAGUCUGGUCCUGUGUAAUUGGUAUGUGUAGUGCCAAGAGGGUGACUGUGUUUAAUGGAAUACUGUAGCAUUUAAAAACCUUUGACUCAAACAUCUCACUGAAUGUGUUUUUAUAAAAACACUAAUUAACACAAUGGAGAACCUCCCCGUACAGUUGACUUUUUGUUUUUUUCACCUCCGCCAGUCCUUAGAAACAGAAAUGGCCGUGUUUGUGCAUUAGUGUUCAGAUAUUGUACGCUAAUGACAGAAACUUGCUUCAAGAAGAGUAUUUGUAACAGCAAUUUAAGCUACAAAGGUUUUUAAGUGAUGUUUUGUACAUUGAUAUGAAGUCUUGUACAGAAUUUCAGAGCUCACUUUUUUUAUUUAUUUGUUCAGAUCCUUUGGUUUUCUCGUUUCCUCUAAACUAACAUCAGCUUUGUAUUGAUUUGGACUCUGGUGUUGUGUUUUUGAAUAACUAGCAUGCAUUGUAACUGAGUAGGAAUGCCUGUUAAUGCUCAUUUUGGAUGUUUGUAAAACAUUUGCUUCACUUCGAAAGGGACUUUUUUUCCUGUUUGUCAGUAGUCGGAAUGGAAAUUAGAAUAUUUAAGGUCUGCUUUGUACAUUUUUCCAGCAAAAAAAAAAAUACCCUGUACAAUAAUACAUUGUAAAGUAAAAUAUAUGUUUAUUGUA